AUGAGCCAGGACAUUGAUGGCCUUGGUCAACCUGCCUCUGCUCGAUCCCGGUUCGAACAUAAGUUGACAGUUCGCGAGGCUAUCAAAGCGUACCCGAUGGCCAUCUUCUGGUCCUUGGCGGUGAGCAUGUGUGUCAUUAUGGAGGGCUUCGACAGCAUUCUGGUGCCUAAUUUCUAUGCCUUCCCUACAUUCCAGCGAAAGUAUGGUGAAUUUGUCGGGGUUACAGACCAGACAAAGUCUGGAUAUCAGCUCAGCGCUACCUGGAUGGCCAUUAUUGGGACUGCCUCUGGCAUCGGCGCGGUGCUAGGUACUAUCCUCAAUGGCCACCUCGUCGACCGUUUUGGGCAGAAGCGAGUCCUUGUCGGAGCGUUGUGCACGCUCUCGGGCCUGAUAUUCAUGACCUUUUUCGCUCCCAACAUUCAAGUUCUGGCCUUCGGACAGUUUCUUUGUGGAUUUCCAUGGGGUAUCUUCGCCACAGUCGCUCCUUCGUACUCGUCCGAGGUCCUGCCCCUGGUCCUUCGCUCGUAUCUUUCCAGUUUCACGAAUAUGGCUUUUAUCAUUGGCCAGAUUAUAUGUGCCAUUGUCAUUCGAGUAUUCUUGGAAAGGGAUGAUGAAUGGGGAUACCGCAUCCCAUUCGGGUUCCAGUGGAUUUGGCCAUCUUUUCUGAUUCCGCUGCUCUGUUUCGCCCCGGAAUCGCCAUGGCAUCUCGUGCGCCAGGGUCGGCUGAAUGAGGCGGAGGCCUCCCUCCGUCGGUUGCAGUCAUCGACCGCGAGAGGCAUUGAUGUGAAAGACACCUUGACCGAUAUCGUCCACACCAACAAUCUUGAAAAAGAGCUCCAGGUCGGUACAUCGUACUGGGAUUGCUUCCGUGGGUUCGAACUCCGCCGCACAGAAAUCGCCUGUCUGGUUUUCGCAGGCCAAAACUUUUCAGGCUUGUCGUUUGCUUAUAACGCCACUUACUUCUACGAACAAGUCGGCCUGUCUGCUGAGACGACAUAUACUCUUAGUCUCUUGGGCACCAGCCUAGCACUGCUUGCAACACUUGCAAACUGGUUUCUUCUCAUGCCUUAUUAUGGCCGCCGGACCAUCUACACGGUGUCUAUGUUGGUCAUGGCUUCAAUCCUCUACCUCAUUGGGACAUUGACCCUGUGGACUGAUCACUUCUUUGUUGCGAUGACGCAAGCUUUGCUCACUAUCGUCUGGACUAUCACCUUUCAACUCUCUGUCGGCCAACUCGGAUGGUCUAUUCCAGCCGAAGUGGGGAGUACUCGCCUACGCACAAAGACAAUAUGUCUCGCUCGCAACGCCUACUACCUGGUUGGCUUCAUCGGUGGCGCCGUUCAGCCAUAUAUGCUGAACCCCGAGAGUCUUAACUGGAGAGGAUACACUGGGUUUUUCUGGGGCACGACCGCAAUCAUGACCUUCGUGUGGGCGUGGUACAGGUUGCCGGAGACCAAAGGGAGGACGUACGAGGAGCUGGACUUGUUGUUUGCCAAGGGCAUUGAUGCGCGGAAGUUUGAGACUACCGAUGUCCAUGCUUUGAAUGAAAACGAGAUGAGGCCUUUUACACAAGGGGCGUCAAUACGCACGGCUUCCACGGGCAGGCGAAGUCCGGAGUGGGAUAUUGUGGAUGAAAACGAGCCGCUGAGGAGCAGUGGUGAGAUUGAGCGGACUGAGAGUGGUCUAUCCCGCUUUCAAAAUCAUCGAGACAAGCUUGGGCGGUAA